UUGUGGGAAAGAUAUUGCUACAAGGAGAUUACAAUGAUGCCCGACUUUGGGCGGCGGCAUGAUUUAUGUACAUAUAAACUGCGAGCAACCAACCACCUGCACCAUCAUCACCAUCAUCCGCCAUCACAUUCGCCAUGCUGACUUACCGACAGCUUCACGCCAAAAAGAUUGGGGCUCAACAUCCCUUGCGGGUCAUUGCCCAUUGUGAUGUGGACGCUGCUUAUGCUCAAUUCGAACAAGUCAGACUCAAGAUCCCUCCCGAGAAACCAUUGGCCGUCCAACAAUGGCGCGGACUUAUCGCCGUCAAUUACCCCGCUCGAAAGUUCGGCAUCACCCGGCAUCUGCCAUUCGACCAAGCGCGCAAGUUGUGUCCCGAACUGAUCUGCGUUCAUGUGGCCACCUAUGCCCAUGGCGAUUCCGAAACCGAAGCAAAGUACCACGAAAACCCCAGAGCGGAGACCCACAAGGUCUCCCUGGAUCCUUAUCGAAGAGAAUCAGUCAAGAUCCUCAAGAUAUUCUCAGAAAGUUGUCCGACGAUCGAGAAGGCCUCGAUCGAUGAAGCCUUCCUCGACUUCUCGAUCCCAGUUCGAGAGAUCCUCUGCACUCGAUACGCCUUCCCGAGCUUAGAAGCUCUACAGGACUCAUCAUCAGAGAUCAGCCUGGAUGAUCCGUUGCCUAACCCCCCUCCGCUCGACUUGGAAGAUCUCCUUCGAAGCUCCCAGAGCAAUCUCGUCCCUCUGGAUGUCGACUCCGAUCAUCCUACUAAUACUUGGACUGAUAUCGCGCUCCUCAUCGGCGCCGAAUUGAUGGCCCGCUGUCGCCAACAAGUUUUCGAUCGAUUGGGUUAUACCUGUUCUGCAGGAAUAGCAACCAAUAAGAUGCUAGCGAAACUAUGCUCAGCUUACAAGAAACCGAAUGCACAAACGGUGCUUCGAGCGGGAGCAGUCCGGGACUUUCUGCGCCCGUUCGAGCUCUCCAAGCUGCGUUUCUUGGGAGGGAAGCUAGGCCAAUCGGUUUCCGAGCUAGUGGCCUCGACCUGCGACAAGUCGUGUCAGUUGAGCGAGGUCUGGAAGAUCCCACUCAGCCAGCUCCAGGCCUCCCUGGGCGAGCAGACUGGGAUGUGGGUCUGGGAAACCGUCCGCGGCGUCGAUCGCUCCGAGGUCGAGACUAAAACACUCGUCAAGAGUAUGAUGUCUUCUAAAAACUUUCGGCCCUCUAUUACCACUUGGAGCCAAGCACUCCACUGGCUCCGAAUCCUUGCUCGGGAUCUAUGCGCUCGACUGAACGAGGCUCGAGAAGCCACUCCUGGAAUCUGGCCCAAGUUGAUAGUGAUGCACAAAAGGGAUGGAUUACAGAACUCGCUGACCAAGCAGAUUGCCUUCCCAUUCACGGCCCAAUUGACCGACGAUUACAUCUUCUCGCUUGGGAAGAAACUCUUGCAAGAGUUCGCGGUCAUACAGACUGACCAAACUUACCGAUUAGACACUGUGACUAGCUUGGCGUUGGCCUUUCAUAACUUGGAGCGUAUCGAAGCUGGUCAGAGAGCCAUUCAGGGCUUCUUUGCCCCACAAUCAAUUCAACCUCGGUCCCGCUCAAACCUCAUCCCACCAACAGCUUCCUCCUCCACUGACACAUCCCGUCCAACAACUGAGCAGCUUAACUCUGCAAGCCCGUCUCGAUCCGUGUCUUCAUUGCCUCAAUCCGCAAUAGGAGCCCGAGGAUUGCGGGCUAACAAGAAAGCCAAGAGGGGCACUUUGGACGGGUUUCUUGGCCCCUCUUCGUCGACGACUAUUUCGGCCCCGAAGGCGGCCCAAGAAGAGCUUCCUGGGCCAACAGCCUCGGGGCAGUCGGCACUCUUGAAGUAUGUCUGUCCGCGAUGCAAAGCCGUCGUGGCGGUCGACGACGGGCUGGAUCAAGAAGAGAGACAGAUCCGCUUCGAGCGGCUCAAGAAUGUCCAUCUUGAUCACCAUUUCGCAGUCGACUUGUGGGACCAUGACCGCGGAGCAUUGCCUUCUACCGGAGCCUCUAACGCCGCCUCGAAUCAUCAUCAGCCUUCGGGGGCCGGCAAUCGGACGAUCAACGAGUUCUUUAAACCUGUCCCUCCGACUCCGACUCCGACUCCGAAAACGACAAACCCCAGGAAAAGAAAGUCGUGAUCCUUGGAGCUUGUCUUUCUCCGUUUAUUUUCUUGUGCCAUCUCUUUCACCAAGCCUCUUCGUCCUGCUGCUGUUGUAAUCUUCUUGGACAUCUAAGAUCGUCGGAUGGCUCUUCAAAGCCCCCCCCCCCCCUGAUUUUUGGGUCCUUUUCUGCUCUGGCAGGUUGGUCUCUCUUGUCUUGGCCAUCAAGCGUCUCUCUCAAGUGCCUUCUUAUUCCCCCCCC